CAGAAAGCAAGCGUCUGGUGAGAGAGACAUUGGCGGGGAAAAUAUCCGGAAUUUUUUGUUUGUUUAGUCUUUAUUCAUAUGUAAUUAACAACGUGAAGCCUUUUAUUUUGAAGCGUCUUCAUAAGAUUCUGAAACAGCAUGCAUGCGUUUUUAAAGACAGGAACUUUAGGGACAGCCUCAAAAGAUAAGUCUGAACCUGGAGUGUCAAAGGAAAACAAAGAGAAGAGGAAACAUGUACCAUGGGUUGAAAAAUAUCGGCCAAGACGUGUAGAAGAUGUUGCAUUCCAAGAUGAAGUUGUUGCUGUAUUAAAGAAAUCUUUACAAGGAUCUGAUUUACCCAAUCUUCUGUUCUAUGGACCACCAGGCACUGGAAAAACAUCUACAAUUUUAGCUGCAUCACGGGAACUCUUCGGUGAUAUGUUCAAGACGAGAGUGUUAGAACUGAAUGCAUCAGAUGAAAGAGGGAUUAAUGUCGUAAGAGAGAAAGUAAAGACGUUCUCUCAGCAAAGUGCGAGCAGUGUUAGACCAGAUGGCAAGCCAUGUCCACCAUUUAAGAUAGUAAUUCUUGACGAGGCAGAUUCAAUGACUGGAGCAGCUCAGGCUGCCUUGAGAAGAACCAUGGAGAAGCAGUCAAAGACCACGAGAUUUUGUUUGAUCUGUAACUAUGUUAGCAGGAUUAUUGAACCAAUAGCUUCUCGUUGUGCCAAGUUCAGAUUCAAACCUCUAGCAGAAGAAGUGUUGGUAAAAAGACUGAGACAUAUCUGUGAUGAAGAAAAGAUUGAGUGUGAAGAUGAGGCUUUGAAAGGGUUGUUGGACACAUCAGAGGGUGAUCUACGUAAAGCAAUUACAUUUCUGCAGAGUGCUUCCAGGUUAAAGGCAGGGGACACCAUCACACAAACAGAUAUAUACGAAAUUGCAGGGGUAAUACAUGAUGAUGUCAUAGACAACCUUCUGACCGUCUGCCAGUCCAAUUCCUAUGAAAAGCUUCAAAACUGUGUACAGGAUUUAAUGAACGAGGGCCACCCAGCAUCCCAGCUGAUUCUACAGUUACAUGAUAAAGUGGUUCAGUUAGACGAGCUUGGAGAUAAACAGAAGUCAGUUGUCAUGGAAAAACUUGCUAUUGUGGACAAAUGUUUGAUGGAUGGCGCAGAUGAGUUUCUACAGCUGAUGGCCUUGUGUUCUGUUAUAAUGAAGCAGUUCUGCUCACCAGACAAAUGAUUUGAAACUUUAAAACAAUGUGACAGAAUGUACCAAUGCCAUGUCUUCAUGCAAGUGAAUGGAAAAUUAUCAAGGGACUGUACUUUAAAGUGAUGGUUUCUGUAAGGGAAAGGUGUGUCGGAAAAUUAAUGAUUGCAUUGAGAAGUCUGGUAUUAAGAUUAUAGAAAUUUGCCAUGAAAUUUGAAUAACUGAGAUUGUAAUGUGGUGAAGCUGUAGCAAAUUACUCAACAUUUUGGGAGCUGGUAUAUAUAUGUCAGCUCGAGUUGUAUUCAAAGCUUUGAUGAAUACAUGCAAUGUUUUCUGAAAAUGUUUAUGCAUUGAAUGUUAGAUUAAACUUAAAAAGUGGUUCAUCAGAUUUUGGUCAAGUAUUAGAUUUGUUUUAAACUAACAUCCGAUUAUUUUCUCUAAUUUAUGUUCAGUUAACACUUAAUACCAAUUAUAUUUUCACUGGUAGUGUUUUUGAAAUUUAUUUUUCCUAUCCUUAGCCCAACCAAUAUAGAGUUAUGUUAGCAUUUAAGUAUAGAUUUGAUGAACAUACUUUGCCAAAGGAAUGAUAUAAAAGAAGACUUUGUAUUUUGUUUGUUAAAUAUUUGCAUUAACAACAACAUUUUAGCAGAAAUGCAAGUUUGAAAAACUGUUCUUACCACCACUUGCCUAUCUUGGCUGGAAGUAAAAGAAUUAAGAAACUAGACACAGCUUUAAACUUGCCUUUUGGUUCAGAUUGUUUAUAUAACAUGAUUUAUCGAGUGCACAUGUAAAACUAGAAAUUAUAUUGAAUUCAAAUUGUUGAUAUAUUGUUAUAUUUUUUCAAGUUCAUAAUAUAAAUCUAGAAAUUGUAUUGAAAUAAAAAGAAAUAGGUGUGGUGCGGGGACGAAUAAUAACAAAAUUUUAUUUUAAAAAAACCCAAAAAAUCUAGUAUCAUAAAUAUUUGAAAUGGGAUACCAACACUAUGUCUUUUUGUUCCUUAAAUAUCUAAAGCAAAAAAUAUUCCUUAAAUAAUUUAUACGGUUUGCCAUAACUCUACCUUCAGGGAAGUUCCUCAAAGAAAUUUAAGACAGGCCUUAUAAAGUUUUUAUCUGCACUCUAGAAAACAAGGAUUGGUUGACAUGUUUCAGAAUACACUAUUUGCCGUAUUUGAAUAAUAUUUCAAUUCAACAGUACUAGACUGGUUUUCCGGCAGGUAUAAGUUCUUAAAGGAAUACAUAACAAAUGAUGAAUUUUAGUUAUUUUGGCUGCUAUGAGGGUUGUUCCUGGAGAAAAAUGACACAACAAUUGUAAACCUGAUUUUAAUCCCCCACCAGCAAAACUGGAAAAGGUCAAGAUAACCCUACCACCACAACAUUUAUAUUGAGCUAGACCACACAAAUGCAGUUUGAACUACUGGUACAUUUCAUGUAAAAACACUUGUGUGAAAACUUAAAAACAAGCUUAAGUUUUGUUUAUUGAAAUGAGAAUCAGUGAUGCAUUUUGUGGCAGUUUGUACCUUCUGGCUUCAGAUGAGCAUUGGUCAAAAGUCAUGGUAGCUUUCAUAAAGGAAGACCUUGUUAGCUCACCUGUCACAAAGUGACAAGGUGAGCUUUUGUGAUCGCACGGUGUCCGGCGUCCGUCCGUCCGUAAACUUUUGCUUGUGACCCUUCUAGAGGUCACAUUUUUCAUGGGAUCUUUAUGAAAGUUGGUCAGAAUGUUCAUCUUGAUGAUAUCUAGGUCAAGUUCGAAACUGGGUCACGUGCCAUCAAAAACUAGGUCAGUAGGUCUAAAAAUAGAAAAACCUUGUGACCUCUCUAGAGGCCAUAUAUUUCACAAGAUCUUCAUGAAAAUUGGUCAGAAUGUUCAUCUUAAUGAUUUCUAGGUCAAAUCUGAAACUGGGUCAUGUGGGGUCAAAAACUAGGUCAGUAGGUCUAAAAAUAGAAAAACCUUGUGACCUCUCUAGAGGCCAUAUUUUUCACAAGAUCUUCAUGAAAAUUGGUCAGAACGUUCACCUUGAUGAUAUCUAGGUCAAGUUUGAAACUGGGUCACGUGCCUUCAAAAACUAGGUCAAUAGGUCAAAUAAUAGAAAAACCUUGUGACCUCUCUAAAGGCCAUAUUUUUCAUGGGAUCGAUAUGAAAAUUGGUCUGAAUGUUCAUCUUAAUGAUAUCUAGGUCAAGUUCGAAACUGGGUCACGUUCGGUCAAAAACUAGGUCAGUAGGUCUAAAAAUAGAAAAACCUUGUGACCUCUCUAGAGGCCAUAUAUUUCAUGAGAUCUUCAUGAAAAUUGGUCAGAAUGUUCAUCUUAAUGAUUUCUAGAUCAAGUUCGAAACUGGGUCACGUGCCAUAAAAAACUAGGUCAGUAGGUCUAAAAAUAGAAAAACCUUGUGACCUCUCUAGAGGCCAUAUUUUUCACAAGAUCUUCAUGAAAAUGGGUCAGAACGUUCACCUUGAUGAUAUCUAGGUCAGGUUUGAAACUGGGUCACGUGCCGUCAAAAACUAGGUCAAUAGGUCAAAUAAUAGAAAAACCUUGUGACCAUCUCUAAAGGCCAUUUUUUUCAUGGGAUCUAUAUGAAAAUUGGUCUGAAUGUUCAUCUUGAUGAUAUCUAGGUCACGUUCGAAACUGGGUCAAGUGCAGUCAAAAACUAGGUCAGUAGGUCUAAAAAUAGAAAAACCUUGUGACCUCUCUAGAGGCCAUAUAUUUCAUGAGAUCUUAUGAAAGUUAGUCAGAAUGUUCACCUUGAUGAUAUCUAGGUCAAGUUCGAAAGUGGGUCACGUGCCGUCAAAAACUAGGUCAGUAGGUCAAAUAAUAGAAAAACCUUUUGACCUCUCUAGAGGCCAUAUUUUUCAUGGGAUCUGUAUGAAAGUUGGUCUGAAUGUUCAUCUUGAUGAUAUCUAGGUCAAGUUCGAAAGUAAGUCACGUGCCAUCAAGAACUAGGUCAGUAGGUCAAAUAAUAGAAAAACCUUGUGACCUAUCUAAAGGCCAUAUUUUUCAUGGGAUCUGUAUGAAAAUUGGUCUGAAUGUUCAUCUUGAUGAUAUCUAGGUCAAGUUUGAAACAGGGUCAUGUGCGGUCAAAAACUAGGUCAGUAGGUCUAAAAUUAUUAAAAUCUUUUGACCUUUCUAGAGGCCAUAUUUUUCAAUGGAUCUUCAUGAAAAUUGAUCUGAAUGUUCACCUUGAUGAUAUCUAGUUCAGUUUCGAAACUGGGUCACGUGCGGUCAAAACUAGGCCAGUAGGUAUAAAAAUAGUAAAACCCUGUGACCUCUCUAGAGGCCAUAUUUUUCAUGAGAUCUUCAUGAAAAUUAGUGAGAAUGUUCACCUUGAUGAUAUCUAGGUAAAGUUCAAAACAGGGUCACGUACCUUCGAAAACUAGGUCAAUAGAUCAAAUAAUAGAAAAACCUUGUGACCUCUCUAGAGACCAUAUUUUUCAAUGGAUCUUCAUGAAAAUUGGUCAGAAUUUUUAUCUUGAUAAUAUCUAGGUCAAGUUCAAAACUGGGUCACAUGAGCUCAAAAACUAGGUCACAAUGUCAAAUAAUUGAAAAAAUGACGUCAUACUCAAAACUGGGUCAUGUGGGAAGAGGUGAGCGAUUCAGGACCAUCAUGGUCCUCUUUUUAGCUCACCUGUCACAAAGUGACAAGGUGAGCUUUUGUGAUCGCGCGGUGUCCGUCGUCCGUCCGUGCGUCAGUGCGUCCGUAAACUUUUGCUUGUGACCACUCUAGAGGUCACAUUUUUCAUGGGAUCUUUAUGAAAGUUGGUCAGAAUGUUCAUCUUGAUGAUAUCUAGGUCAAGUUCGAAACUGGGUCACGUGCCAUCAAAAACUAGGUCAGUAGGUCUAAAAAUAGAAAAACCUUGUGACCUCUCUAGAGGCCAUAUAUUUCACAAGAUCUUCAUGAAAAUUGGUCAGAAUGUUCACCUUGAUGAUAUCUAGGUCAAGGUCGAAACUGGGUCACGUGGGGUCAAAAACUAGGUCAGUAGGUCUAAAAAUAGAAAAACCUUGUGACCUCUCUAGAGGCCAUAUUUUUCAUGAGAUCUUCAUGAAUGUUGGUCAGAAUGUUUAUCUUGAUGAUAUUUAGGUCAAGUUCGAAACUGGGUCACGUAGGGUCAAAAACUAGGUCAUUAGGUCUAAAAAUAGAAAAACCUUGUGACCUCUCUAGAGGCCAUAUUUCUCAAUGGAUCUUCAUGAAAAUUGGUGAGAAUGUUCAUCUUGAUGAUAUCUAGGUCAAGUUCGAAACUGGGUCACGUGGGGUUAAAAACUAGGUCAGUAGAUCUAAAAAUAGAAAAACCUUGUGACCUCUCUAGAGGCCAUAUUUUUCAUGAGAUCUUCAUGAAUGUUGGUCAGAAUGUUCACCUUGAUGAUAUCUAGGUCAAGUUCGAAACUGGGUCAUGUGGGGUCAAAAACUAAGUCAGUAGAUCUAAAAAUAGAAAAACCUUGUGACCUCUCUAGUGGCCAUAUUUCUCAAUGGAUCUUCAUGAAAAUUGGUCAGAAUGUUCACCUUGAUGAUAUGUAGGCCGAGUUCGAAACUGGGUCAUGUGCGGUCAAAAACUAGGUCAGUAGGUCUAAAAAUAGGAAAACCUUGUGACCUCUCUAGAGGCCAUAUUUUUCAUGAGAUCUUCAUGAAUAUUGGUCAGAAUGUUUAUCUUGAUGAUAUCUAGGUCAAUUUCGAAACUCGGUCACGUAGGGUCAAAAACUAGGUCAUUAGGUCUAAAAAUAGAAAAACCUUGUGACCUCUCUAGAGGCCAUAUUUCUCAAUGGAUCUUCAUGAAAAUUGGUGAGAAUGUUCAUCUUGAUGAUAUCUAGGUCAAGUUCUAAACUGGGUCACGUGGGGUUAAAAACUAGGUCAGUAGAUCUAAAAAUAGAAAAACCUUGUGACCUCUCUAGAGGCCAUAUUUUUCAUGAGAUCUUCAUGAAAAUUGGUGAGAAUGUUCAGCUUGAUGAUAUCUAGGUCAGGUUCGUAACUGGGUCAUGUGCGGUCAAAAACUAGGUCAGUAGGUCGAAAAAUAGAAAAACCUUUUGACCUCUCUAGAGGCCAUAUUUUUCACGAGAUCUUCAUGAAAAUUGGUGAGAAUGUUCACCUUGAUGAUAUCUAGGUCAAGUUUAAAAGUGGGUCACGUGCCUUCAAAAACUAGGUCAUUAGGUCAAAUAAUAGAAAAACCUUGUGACCUCUCUAGAGGCCAUGUUUUUCAAUGGAUCUUCAUGAAAAUUGGUCAGAAUUUUUUAUCUUGAUGAUAUCUAGGUCACAUGUGCUCAAAAACUAGGUCACUUUGUCAAAUAAUAGAAAUAACGAUGUCAUACUCAGUUGAACACUGGGUCAUGUGGAGAUAGGUUAGCAAUUCAGGACCAUCAUGGUCCUCUUGUUUUCAAUUGUAAUAAUACAGCCAAACUAUAUUUGCUGGAACUCAAUGGGACCAGCAAAAUAUAUUUGAGUUACCAGGUUAGAGCCAUCAAACAAUAUACAUUUUACAAGGAUUUUGCCAGGACCUGAGGGAGAGAAAAAGGGCUGUACUUGCAUUAUCUGAGUUUGAGCGAACAAGGUAUUAAAUGCAGAUUUUUAUGAUGUUUAAGAAAGGAAAUUUUUGAGAAAAAAGUUGACAAGCAUUUAUUGAUUUUGACUGAAUUAUUAUUGUGCAGCUGCUUAAAAUACAAAAUCAACUGUAAUAUGUGUGAUUUCUGCUGAAUGUAAGGAAGACCACUUCUAGUUUGUGUGCAAAAAAAAAAAGUAUUUAAGAAAUUGCUACUUGCUUCUUGUAUUAAAAAUGAAGCAGGACUGAGAAUUGUACUUGCAAAGAUUUUAGGUCAGAAGUGUCAAACAUUGUAUAAAGGGUUUGACAGCAAGAUAGAGAUGACAGAAGUUGCAGAACUAUUUCUGCAGUUGGUGGUUAUUUAUUAUCAAUAUGUAUUUCAUUGUCAUUUUUUGAUCGAAUUAAAACAUUGUCGUAUAAAUU